GUAGAUAUUGUCAGAGGCCAGCUGUUAGCUCCUUAUAAGGAUGUUCAAGGAGUGUCGCUGUAGUCACGAGAUAUCUUCAACGCUAUUAACAUUACAUGACAAGGUGUUUUAAACACAAAGUGUUGCAGACGGCGUCGACACAACAACUUUUGUGUUGAAGUGAAGAAUUUCUCAACAUCUAUCAAUUCUGAAAAAGAAAAGUGCGAAAUGGAGCAAGGUUAUGAUCCAAUCCGCUUCAUUUUUCAAGUUAAACGAGAUUUGCUUUGCUGCAUUUGCCACCGUGUGUUGAAAGAGCCACGAUUAUGCGAGGCGGAAGAACAUUGCUUUUGUCUGAGUUGCAUAACACAACACCUUGAUAAAGAGGCUAAAACAUGUCCGGAAUGUCGGGAACCCCUCGCAUUGGAAACUUUGAAACUUUCCCAAAUGUUCUUAAAGAAGGUUUUGUCAGAACUAAGAAUCAGGUGUGAUUACAACGAUCGAGGAUGUCCAGAGCAAGUUAAGCUUCGAAAUCUUGAAGAUCACGUGAUUGAUUGCAAGUACCGCCCAACACUGGAUGCCGAAAAGUAUAACACGCAAGUGAGUCAGAAAGACCAGCAGAAUUUCUGUCAGAUGAAAGCUGAAUUUUCUUCUGAUGGAGCAGAACAAAAUGAAUUGAGCCAAAAACGAAUUGAAAUUAAAGUGGAAAAAAAGGAUGAAACGAGAGGCGAGGUGGCAGAACUUAAAAGAAAAUACGAUGAUAAUUACGAAAAAGUAAAGAAAAUGAAGACAAAUGUCUCUCAAGCUGAGCUGAAUAUUCAUUACCUUGAAAUAGCAAGAAAACAAGAUCAAAUGGAAGUGAGACAAGAUGAGAUGAAGAAAGCUCGGGAUGAAGUGAAACAAACCCAAUCAGGAAUUAACGAGAAAGUACUGGAAAUUGAGGUUCAUCACAUUGAAAUGGCAAGAAAACAAGAUCAAAUGGAAGUGAGACAAGAUGAGACGAAGAAAGCUCUUGACGAGAUGAAACAAACCCAAUCAGGAAUUAACGAGAAAGUAGAUAAAAUGGAGGGUGAUUUUCAAAUGAUGAAACGGCAGUUUGAAAGAUUCCAAGGAUUAUUGGGUCAUCAAUUACAAGAAAACAUUGUCAAUCAAGAUGUUAUUAUUAUUGGUGGUUCGUGUACUAGUAGAAACAGACCCCCUUUGAAUACUGUUGAAAAAUAUAAUCUUGUUGAGAAGAGGUCUAUGCUGCCACGAUUGAAUCAUCCUCGAACAGGAUCAGCAUCGUGUGUUUACAAAAAUGACAUCCUGGUCGUUGGUGGUUUCGAUGGUGCAGAAGGAGAAGCCACGAUCGAAGUUUUGAAGAUGAACCAGCAUCCUUUGCGAUGGACAAUGUUUGAUGGUAAACUGCCUGUCAAAUUGUCUGAUCAUGACGUCAUAGUUUAUCAAGGAAAAUUAUAUGUAAUAGGAGGACAUGAUGUGGAUGAAAAAAAAUCAUCGAAUGCCAUUUAUGAGAUUGGUCUUACCCCCCCUUAUACUGCCAAGCAGCUGACGAGAUUGCCUGAGCCAAGAGACGAUCUCAGAGCAGAACUUGUUAAUGGAAAAAUUUUUAUCUUGGGCGGAAGAACAACCUACCAUUCUACAGAUACUCUUGACAGCGUUGUUGUUUAUGAUUUGAUUAAGAAUGAGUUCAAGCCAUGUCCAUCGUUACCUCAGCCUGUUUGUGAAAUGUCCACAGUCAUUUGGGGUGAUAAUAUUAUCGUUCUUGGCGGUAAGGAUAAGACUGAUCGCGCAUUAAGUGACGUCAUUAUGUAUGACACUGAGACGGGGAAAAGUCAGCCACUGCCCUCUAUGAUUUACAGAAGGUACGGCUGCUCAGCUGUCAUCACGAAUGACGUCAUUGUCGUGUUUGGUGGAUGGAAUAAGGAGCAGGGAUAUCUCAACUCAGUGGAAACCUUUACCAUUGGUGGAGAUGGCUGGAAAGAACUGCCAGGAAUGAAACAAAAAAGGUGUAAUGCAACUGCUGUUGUGAAACCUCACAUCUGAAAGUUUUCUCAAUAUAAACUUCUUAUUGUGUCCUUGCAUGAAUAUGAUAAUAUUUUGUGUCGUGAUGGUCAAUCAUUGUUUCGGCGCUUUCUUGAUAUAUGAACAACCAGAAGUCUGUCCCUAAUCAUAAACCUGAAUCUAACAUGAAGUAUUUUGUUUAUAUUUUGGUUUCCUCAUAUAUCAAGAAACAACCAUUGUUCACGUCACGUUGAUAACUGCUGUUGUCAUCUAUAAUAUUUCUAUAUUCUUAUACUGUGACGUCUGGUGAGGUUUAACCAAUAUUAUUAGUGUGUAAAUAUAUAACAUAAGAUAAAUAGAUAUUGAUAUAUAAUGUUUUGUUCAUAUAGUCAAUAUUUUACCCUAACCAGUGUUGAUAACUACUGUUGUCAUCUAUAAUAUUUCUAUAUUCUUAUAUUGUGACGUCUGGUGAAGUUUAACCAAUAUUAUUAGCGUGUAAAUAGGUUCAAUUUGACAUUUUAAUCUUAACCAAUGAACAUUAGCAAUAAGCAGGACAUUAGAUUCAUUAGUGAAAUAAGUUUGAUGAUAAAUAUUGAUCAAUAAAAGAUAGAUGCUUCUAAACUAAGCCUAAUUAUUUUUACGAUGGUUAUUCAGGGUAAUUCUUGCUAGUUGCUAUCAAGCGUUUUAACGAAGCGUGAAUUGACCAGUGGUUUUAACCCAAAAAGCCC